GAAAAGUCCGAAGAUGUGCCUCUGCGUUGAUAUAUGAAAUUUCAUUUGAGAUACGGUAUACUGAUGCUUGGCACAUGAAUUGAGAAUCUCCUCAGCGACAAGGAGAGAUCUGCAUUAAAAAAGGAGGAUCAGGACUAAUCGGGGCAUCAGCGGUUCCUCUUCAUCGCAGGCUUCUUCCGUUUCCUGCAAGUACACUUCACUGUAGGCCUACGACAGGUGGAAUCAGAGGGAGUCAUGCCAUCCCCACCACCAUCACCUCAAUUCCCUUACAAUAUGUUAGACGAGACUGGAAAAAGAGACAGCUUACCUAGACCAGGGACUUUCUUCGUUACCACUCUGACCACGCCCACUGGUGACAUGAAACCUAGAGACAAGUCAGCCAGUGCAGAGUCUGGUACCGAGGCUGGCUGUGAGGAACCACAAUGCGAGAUCAUCGUACACACGGCCCAGCAGGAUCCGCCUCCUACCCAGUAUGCCUCCGAUCAUUGCACACUCUCACUCUUUGUCUUCCUCUGCUGCUUCCUACCAUUCGGCUUAGUGGGAAUGAUCAAGAACCAUGAGUCUCGUGUGAAGGCCGUUGCAGGUGACUAUGACGGCGCUGUUGCUGCAUCAAGAGUGGCCUUGAAGUACGCUGUAGCUGGCUGUAUCAUCGGCACUGUCUGCUACUUGGCAUUCGCUGCAUUCGGCAUGGCUGUCUUGGUCUUGACAUUGACGGGUCAGGCUUGAUAGCGUCCAUAAGUAUCGAUUCCGAAGCUUGCGAUCGCUGAGUAUCGAAAUCGAAUUGAUUGCUGUUACAUUUCAUUGUGCUUUAAUAAUGCGGUCAAACUAAAGUGAAUGGUCAAGACACGAAAUUGCAAAUAAAUUGAAGCGCGCCUAAAGCCCGGUUCGUACUUUAUGCGAAAGCGAAUGCGAAGCGAAGUUGACGUCAUGAAACAUUCGCUGCGAAAU